AUGGCAAAGGAAUACAAGCUCAAGGACCUCUCGGCGCUCUCGCUGAAACCUGGUGAGAUGCAGGAAGUGGAAGUAGAGGGGGUCGAAAGUGGAAAAGUACUCCUCAUCAACGCUGGCGGUUCCAUUCAAGCUGUCGGCUCUAAGUGCACACACUACGGCGCUCCUCUUGUCAAAGGCAUUUUGACGGCGUCUGGUCGUAUCACUUGUCCCUGGCACGGUGCUUGCUUCAAGGCAAAGUCUGGUGAUAUCGAAGAUGCGCCCGCGCUAGAUUCUCUCUCGGUCUUCCCAGUUGCCGAACGCGACGGUGCCGUAUACAUAUCCGGCGAAGAAGAGGCUAUUAAGUCCGGGCGCAGGAAGCCCAACUUCCAGUGCCGUGCCGCCGCAGCUUCUAAACCGCAAGAACAAAAAGUCUUGGUUGUCGGAGGCGGCUCCGGAGCACUUGGUGUUGUUGACGGACUCAAGGAGAAUGGAUACGAGGGACCCAUCACUGUCAUAUCCUCGGAGGGCUAUCUGCCAAUUGACCGACCUAAGCUUUCCAAAGCCUUGUCGACCGAUCCGGACAAGAUUGCUUGGAGGGAUGGCGCCUGGUACAAGAGCGGCGCCGUAGACAUAGUCGAUGACGAAGUAACUGGCGUCGAUUUUGCCAAAAAUGCUGUCCAUACCAAGAAGGGUGAAACAAUCUCAUACUCGAAGCUUGUGUUGUCCACGGGAGGAACUCCGCGAAGACUCCCUCUACAGGGUUUCAAGACGCUGGGCAACGUCUUUACUCUACGAACGAUUGACGACACCAAGAAGAUUGUGGGGGCCGUAGGUGACAAAGGCAAGAAGAUUGUUAUUAUUGGGUCAUCCUUCAUCGGCAUGGAGGUGGGCAAGGCCUUGUCUAGCGGUAAUUCAAUUUCCAUUGUUGGUAUGGAAAAGGUACCGCUCGAGAGGGUCUUGGGAGAAGAGGUUGGUGCGGGGCUACAAAAGGGCCUCGAGGCCUUGGGCGUCAAAUUCUACCUGUCCGCUUCGGUUGAGAAAGCAGAAGCAUCCGCAGCCGAUGCGAGCAAGGUCGGCGCUGUUGUCCUAAAGGACGGUACCAGACUUGAGGCGGACCUCGUUAUCCUGGGUGUUGGCGUGGCUCCAGCCACUGCCUACCUCAGGGAUAACAGUGCAGUUAGUCUCGAGAGGGACGGCUCGCUUAAAGUGAAUGAGAAGUUUGUGGUGGAGGGACUCAAAAAUGUCUACGCCAUUGGCGACAUUGCCACAUUCCCGUACCACGGCCCUGGCGGAGACGGCCGGCCCACCCGCAUCGAACACUGGAGUGUGGCACAAAACGCGGGAAGGGCUGUGGCCCGAGACAUUACCCAUCCCAAGGAAGCCCCCUGGUCCUUCAUCCCCGUAUUCUGGUCUGCCCUGUCAGGUCAGCUGAGAUAUUGCGGAAACGCGUCUGCUGGGUGGGAUGAUAUUGUCAUUCAAGGAAAUCCCGCGGAAGGAAAGUUUGUCGCCUACUACUGCCGCGGUGAGACGGUGUUGGCCAUGUCGGCUAUGGGCAGGGACCCUGUGCUUGCGCAGUGCAGCACACUGAUGUAUGAGAACAAGAUGCCUUCGAAGAGUCAGAUUGUUGGGGGGUUGGAUGUUUUGACAGUAAACGUUAACUGA